AUGAAUGCUGCUGAUUUCUGCCUCUCUCACCUCCUCAUCUUCUUGGAAUCAGCAGAUCAUGGUGCCACACUGAGUGUGAGCAUACCUUUACGCUCCCCCCUGCGCAUUCCCCUGGGAAACACCCUGACCAUCCCUUGUUACUACAUUGACACAUUGGAACACGUCACCACGUCUCCGUUCACCCCGCCUCUGACUCCGCGGAUCAAAUGGAGCAAGCUUUCGGGCGGCAAAGAGGUUGUCUUGCUGGUGGCCAUGGAUGGGCACGUGAGAAUCAACACUGCAUACCAGGAGGUGGUCUCUUUGCCCAAUUACCCAGCCAUACCCACUGAUGCCACGCUGGAAAUCAAGACACUUCGCUCCAACGAUACCGGGAUCUAUCGCUGCGAGGUGAUACAUGGCAUUGAGGAUAGCCAGGACACCGUAGAGGUGAAGGUAAAAGGUAAGGUUGCAUCUUUUCCUGUUGCUGCCGCUAUGGCUGACCUUUUUGAGUUGGGUUAUCCAGAUGGCCAUGCACUUCACACAAGGAGUGGUUGCCAGGGCAAGCUAGCAGGGCUUACCGCACCUUCCACUACUGGCAUUUCUGCAGCUUACCAGGAGGCAGUGAGUUUGGCGCGGCCCACCAUCACCAACGGCUGUUAGAUGCAAGAGAAGUUGGCAACCAUGGAAGUUUGCUUCUAAUUGCAAGAGUGGGGGGAUUUUGACAGGCCCAUGACAUUGUCGGAGACUGGGCAGAAGAGGAAUGGUGGAGACCUCCUCCCCAUCCUGACCCUUACCAGGGAGGAAGAAGAGGAAGACAGUAUAGAUUUACAACAGGGGGUUGAGGGAGGUCGCAGCUCAGAGGCUGAUGAAGGGGGAAGUUGGGAAAUCAUGGAAGAGCAACACCCGGCUGAAACAUUGUCAUUAGAAAGCUUUCCAGGCCCUCCAUACCCCAGAACCCAGAGAGCCUUAAAAGUAGGAGAGCAAAGAACUCAAAGACAGAGGACACUUCUCAGAACCCGUAGAGGAGAUGAUGAGAAUGAGGAAUGAGAAAGUGGGAAAGACGACGGGUGCAGAAAUUUUAAAAAGGCUGUAAGAAACUUUUCCUUGUCUCUAUAAUUCCUGGGCAACCAGCCGGGAGCCGCUGACGGCAUCCUGACAGACAUGGGGCAAAACGUUUAACUGCAUUCUGUGCUUGCCAUGGUAGUAAUCCUGCUCACCUAUCAAUUGGUGUUAAAGGUGGGGGGGCAAAUAGACUGAUCAAAUGGACUUACCCAUUUAAUGUCACCACCAUGGUACCUUUCCCCUGCCCGUCCUGAAAUUUGACUUGAAAGAAACAUUGUGUUGUAUCCAAUGAGAAUAAGUUGCGGUGUGUGCUUGGUUGCAGCGUGUGUGUUUGUGUGCGGUGCCUGCAACACUUUCUCCAGUUUGAAGGAGGGCCCGUGGGCCUCAAAAGGGAAGUUUAUGUGUUUCAGACCUGCAGGGACCCAGAAGCAAGCACACAGGCAACUCUAGAUUCUCUGCAGUAUCACUCCAGUUCCUGAAAAUCCUAAGUCGCUGCCCUCUGCCUCACUUUUAUUUUAAACUCAACUGGUUUGGGUUAUUUACUGAUGCAUGUGUGUAUGUUGGUGAAUGUGUUUUCCAGGCAUCGUGUUCCAUUACAGAGCCAUCUCCACCCGGUACACUUUGGACUUUGAGAAGGCUAAGCAGGCCUGCAUCCAGAACAGUGCUGUCAUUGCAACUCCAGAGCAGCUUCAGGCUGCCUAUGACGAUGGCUUUGACCAGUGUGAUGCUGGAUGGUUGGCUGAUCAGACAGUCAGGUGAGUGCUGGCAGGGAAUUAUAUGAACAAACCACAGGGGAGAAAUUGGUCAUUGGGGAAAAUUCAGGUUAUCAUGGACAAGGAAUCAGAAAAGGGUCAGAGGUCAAUGUGACUAGGGGCUGUUCCACACCGCUUUUUGCUUCUUGCAGCUGUAUUCUGCAACAUGGCAUUGGGUAUAUUGUUGAUUUUCCUGCUCUUUUUGUACUGCAGUACCUGUUGGGUUACGGAACUGUAGCUUUUUGACCCAUAUACCCUCAUGUUAUAUCAGAUUUCAUUCACACCAGCGGACAUCACAACUAAUGUCACUGGACGUCGCUAUUCUUCCAUCUUUUCUGCACAUGCGUGCUCCUUUUCCCUCAUAAUUCCCCCCUGAAAACAGCAAGGAAGAACUGCAUGUGGGAAUGCCACCCCAAUUUUCAUCACUUUGCUCCUGCAAUUUCCCAGGUUAAUGGAACAUCCCCCCCCCCAAUCAGAUCAAGGGAUGCACAUUGGCCUUCUCUCUCAAAUUUCAUAUAGAUGCUAAAGAGCUUUGGAGUGGUGAUGACUGACCAGGAACAAGACCUGGGGGUUGUAGUGGAUGACUCAGUGAAGUUAUUGACCAAGUGUGUGGCAGCUGUGAAGAUGGAGAAGUCCAUGUUAGGGACUGGAAAUUAAACAGCCAAUAUCACAAUGCCGUUACACAACUCUAUGCUGUAACCACACUUGGAAUACCGUGUACACUUCUGGCCAUCCUCACCUCCACAAGGAAGUUGUAGAGCUGUAGCAGGUUCAGAAAACAGUAAUCAAAAUGAUCAAGGGGCUGGAGCAACUCCCUAUGCGAAACAGUUGCAACAUUUGGAGGUUUUUUGUUUAGAGAAAAGGCAAUUGAGUGGGUACGCUAUGGAGGUGUCUAAGAUCAUGCAUGGCAUAGGGGAAGUGAAUAGGGAGGUGGUUUUCUCCCCCCUCUCUCAUACUUUUACAUCCUGGGGAUUCAGCAUAGAUAAUAUAAUUUACUUCUUCAUGCAACACAGUCGAACUAUGGAAACUGCUCCCACAGGGUGCAAUGAUGGCUACCAACUUGGAUGGCUUUAGAGGAGGAUUAGACAAAUCUAUGAGGUCAACACUGUCUAUGGCUUGGCUACUUACCCUGAUCCCUAUGUUCUACCUCUACUGCUGGCGGUAGUAUAUCAAGUGGGGACAGCUGCUGUUGCAUUCAGGUUCUGCUUCCAGGCUUCCCAUGAGCAUCUGUGACGAUGCUGGACUAGAUGGGCUUUUGAUCCAGCUGCUAGGCUCUUCAUACAUGCAUAGGUGUAUAUCCAAAUUCUGCUUAGGUUCCCUUUGCUCUUCAAGAUACUACCUCCAUCCCAGCACCAUACAGUAAACAGUAUUUCUCCACCCCACCCCCAGGCAACACAGUCUUCUUCUUCUCACUGAAUCUCUCACUGAAUCAGGUACCCAAUGCACCAUCCCCGGGAAGGUUGUUAUGGUGACAAGGAUGAGUUUCCUGGAGUGAGAACAUACGGUGUUCGUGAGACGGAUGAGACGUACGAUGUGUAUUGUUAUGCAGAAGAAAUGGAAGGUAAUUGUUUCUUACUUAUUUAACACUUAUACACUCCAUUUGCCACCUCAAGGUACUCAUGACAGUUGGUGGUCUGUGGCCCUCUUGUGGUGCAGCAGACCCCUGGGUGACUUUACAUUCACGAGUUAGCUUCUCCAAGUGCUCACGGAUAUCAUUUUGAAUAAAAUAUACGUGCAAUCUUAUCUGCCCCAGUGGUGGUGAACCUCCAGCCCUUGGAACAAACUUCACCUGUCACAUCUCGCCAUUUAGACCACAAAGCCAUUUUCUCCAAGCCAUGACUGCCUGCCCCACAUCUGAUGUCAUAUGUGAUGCCCGGAGUCAGGCAGGUAAAGGUGGCUGCAGGGGUGAGGAGGAUUAAACUCCUCAAGGAAACUGGCUGGCCUUGCAGAUUGUAGGGUUGGACCCCGUUCCCCAGGCAUCAGCUGAGUUGAGUCUCGCUUGGUUCAGUCUCGCAUCAGCCAGUUCAAAUGACAUUUUAGUGGCAACUCUUAACUAUAUAAAUCUCUUUGGCUUUCAUCCAGUAUCUUCAAACUAUCUUUCCUAUUCAUGACAUGCUUGCCAUUUUGAAUCUCCUCACCUCUGUUCUGUUUGACCCCUUGACCUUGUGAACUAUCUAAGAAAAGGCCAAGAUCACUGUGUAAAAAGGAAAAGAUGCAAACCUUCGGCUAAUCCUUGGUUUAAGUACUUUAGAUUACUGCAGUUUGUGGGAGAGCUUCUCCUGCAAAUUCCAAAGAUUUCAGAAGCCACAGUAACUCAGAUCAAGGCCUUCAGUGUGGCUGUCCCUGUUUUGUGGAAUAGCAAUCCUGUCAAGACACGACAGGUGCCCACUAUCUCCACUUUCCAGAAACAAUUGAAGACAUUUUUGUCCCAAUAGGCUUCCCCAGCUAGUUAAACCGGUCUUGACCAUGAGUGUCCAAUUGUUAGGGUUUGGGCUCUUGUUGUUUUUGUGCUUUUAACUAUCUUGUGUGUAAAUUGCCUUGAGACAGUGGUUUAGAGGGCAAUUAAUAAAUCAAUUGUAAUAAAUAAUAAUUGCUGUGUGUGAUUGCAGGGAAAGUCUUCUAUGCCACAUCCCCGGAGAAAUUCAGCUUCCCAGAAGCUGCAGAGAAAUGCCACCGCCUCGGCGCUCGUUUGGCAACGACGGGAGAACUGUACUUGGCCUGGAAAGAUGGGAUGGAUGUCUGCAGCGCUGGCUGGCUGGCAGACCGCAGCGUCCGGUAUCCCAUCAACAAGGCACGGCCCACUUGUGGCGGCGGCCUGGUCGGGGUGCGCACCGUGUACCUCCACGUCAACCAGACAGGGUAUCCUCACCCCCAUUCCCGCUAUGAUGCCAUCUGCUACGCUGGUAAGUGCUGGGUCCCAAGUUAUUUCUUCGUACUUUCCUAGAUGCAAGAGUACAGAAGCAUGAGAGUCAUCAGCCAAUCUCCAGUAGUAGUCAGUGGGUUAUCUAACCUCCUGUCACCAUCAGAACUUGCACCUUUACUGGGUGGAAGAGGUGAUGGGACUGGGAGAGACACCUAUUGUCAGGGACUGGGCUGAGGGGAAUGGGACUGAGGAGGAAUGGUAGAGGCCGGCCGUCCUCCCCUUGAACCUUUUAGAGAAGAGGAAGGCAGUAAUAAUAAUAAUAAUAAUAAUAAUAAUAAUAAUAAUAAAUGUUAUUUGUACCCUGCCCUCCCCGGCCAGAGCCGGGCUCAGGGUGGCUAACACCAGUAAAAUUACAGUAAAAACAUAAUGGGGGGGGGACAAUUUAAAAUACAGGUUAAAAUGCAAUUUAAAAUGCAGCCUCAUUUUAAAAGUAGCCCAUAGAUCAAAACCAUAAAGGGAGGGUCAGACUGAGUCCAAACCAAAGGCCAGGCGGAACAGCUCUGUCUUGCAGGCCCUGUGGAAAGAUGUCAAGUCCCACAGGGCGCUAGUCUCUUGUGACAGAGCGUUCCACCAAGUCGGAGCCAGUACUGAAAAGGCCCUGGCCCUAGUUGAGACCAAUCUAACCAUCUUGCAACUUGGGACCUCCAAAAUGUUGUCAUUUGUGGACCUUAAGGUCCUCCACAGGGCAUACCAGGAGAGGUGGUCCCAUAGGCGGUCCUGUAUUGAGUUACAGCAGUGGUUUGAGGAAGGUCACAGCUCAGAGACAGGUGAACAGAAGAGUUGGGAGGUGUUGGGAGGACAGAAGGGGGAGACAGAGACAGAGCAGCCAGCUGACAUGUUAUCACUGGAAAGCAUUCCCGACCCCCCUUCUCCCAAAACCCAGUGUGCAUUGAAAGUGGAACAGCAAAGGACUCAAAGACAAUUAGCCCCUGGUGGCCACCAUAAGGGGAAGUGCUGUUGCUAGGAAGGGGGGAGGAGCUCAGCUGGAGCAGCGCCAUUAAUCUAAGAGGCAGCAUACAAGAGCCUCUCACUGUGAAUACCGAGCUUCCUUGUCUACUUCCUUGGCUGUCUGCUGUGAGCAGAGGAGGAUCAGAAUUCACUGUAACCUGACACCCAUGGAGAGCCAUUGCUAGUCAGUGUGGACAAUACUGAGUUAGAUCUGUCCACUGUGUAAAUUUCCUAUAAACCCCCCUGAUGUAGCAUUGUUUCAGGACUUUGGGGGACCUAAGGCUGUAGCCUGGCAAUACUUUGUAUUCUUCCAUUGCAUUCAUAUCCCAUGAAUCCUCACUCUUUCACCCUAGGUCGCGACUUGGACACAAUCAUCCAUGAGAACUUCACCGGCGAGAUAAUUGAUGAACUGGGCAGUGGCUUCACCAUCCAGACAGUCACUGAGACAGAUGUUGAGCUGGAAUUCGCACGCAACGCCACCGAGGAGGAGGCCCGAGGCAGCAUUGCCACCUUGGAGCCAAUAGACUUUACCGCCUCGGAGGUGGACGAAGGCUUCACAGCAACACCAGAUCUCUUUGUUACUAGCUUCGUUGAAGAGGCAGAGAACAGGACAGAUGUGGGGAUCUGGGAGGGUCUAGAAAACGCCACCUUCUCGCUCCUAGAUGCUCUUCCCACCACUGAUACCCUGGAGGUGAGCUCGGUGGAAGACAGCUUGUGGGCUACCGUCACGCCAGGAGUAGACUCCACCUUGCCAUUUACCGGGGAAGAUCAAAUUGUGCCGGGAACAGCUGCUCCUGAUAUUGGCCUCAUUCCUGGGCAACCCAUUUCUCCCACAGGUAUGUGGCAAUGCCUAGUGCUGUAUGCAAAUGCAGGGUAACAAAAUCCACCUGAUUCAGUAGCCCAGUGCAGUCCACAACAAAUCACAUAAGAAUGUAAGAAGAGCCUGCUGGAUCCAGCAAAGUCCCAUCCAGUCCAGCAUCCUGUUCUCACUGUGGCCAACCUGAAACCCGCAAGAGGGACCCGAUCACACCUAGAAAUGGACAAGUCUGGCAAUUCCAGUUUCCCAUUUUUCCAAUCCGGUGUUCACCUCUCCAGAUUUCUCCAUCAGCUAAGAAACCUUCAAAAAAAAUGAUCUCAUGAAAAUUUGUCAGCAUUUUAGUUGCAUUUUUCUGAAUAUACACGUUUUUGCACGCAAUUGCCCCUUAUCUAAUGCGAAUUUUGUAUAUUGAUUUCACUGAGACACACAUUAUUAUGCAUACUUUCCCCUAUUGUAUGAAUUUUGGGGCACAUUAUUGGGUUGGAGCGCUACAUCGCAAAAUUCAGAGGUGUGAAUUUCAAAGAAUAGCUGCAUUCUGCUUUCCAUAUGGUUUUAAGAAGUGCAGAUUGGGUAGGUUCGCAUCAAAAGGAAAAAGCUAACUGAAUUUCUCCUACAUCCCUAAUCACAAAUAUUUCAAGGAAAACAGGACGGAGCCAAAACCAGUGACAUACACUCAUCCUCCAGAGGGAACUGCUUUUAGAGUCGGUUUCAGUUCUCCGGAAACACAUAUUGAAAUUGCAGAAAUAUUAGCACAUCCCUAGGGGAAAUGCAAUGCAAGUGUUGAUGGGUUCAUGCCCAGUUGCCCCUUCAGUUGUUUUUUCUUUUCCUUCAACAGGUGUCAUCUUUCAUUACCGGCCAUCCACCAACAGGUAUUCCCUGACUUUUGUCAAAGCUCAGCAAGCUUGCCUGGAUAAUAAUGCUGUGAUUGCCACUCCUGAACAGCUGCAGGCAGCCUAUGAGAAUGGUUAUGACCAGUGUGAUGCUGGCUGGCUGAGAGACCAGACGGUCAGGUAAGGACAGAUGAUGACUCAGCAAGUCCAGUGGGAAGGUUAAUGAGCAGGGUAUUUUUAGCCUGCAGGGUACAUGAUGAAGUGGUGGGAUGGAUGCCAUCUUCAAGCAUUUGAAGAGCUGUUGUGUUGAUGAUGAAGCCAAAUUGUUUUCUAUUGCUCCAGAGAAUAAGGAUCUGAAUUAGUGAGUUCAAAUUACAAGAAAGAGAGUUUCAGCUAAAGCAGGGGUAGGGAACCUUGGGUCUUCCAGAUGCUGCUAAACUAUAACUCUUGCCUUCCUUGACCUCUGGCCAUAUUAGCUGGACUUUAGGAGAGCUGGAGUCCAAGAACAUCUGGAGAUGAACAAGGUCUAUGUCUCUGACUUGAUGAGAAUUGGAGUCCAAUAGCAUCUGGAAGGCAAUGGGGUGGUGGCUCCGCCCACCUGUCAACACGGCACAAGGUGGGGGGCAGCUCAGAAUCCAGCCUGAUAGCAAGCUCCUUUGCUCUCCCCUAAGUACUAUAACUUACAGAGAGCUGGUGUGACAUAAGUGACUAAUAUUUUGCAAAUCCCAGAGCAAAUUGCAUGCAGCUGCCACUCAGUGUCAGUAUUUGAUCAGAUGAUUCUUCUAAGACUGGAAUGGUUCUUGUAAGAUGAUGUUUGCUGUGCCACAGGCGGGCAUCUUUAAAAAACAAAAAAGAAUUCUAUUUUCUUUAGACCUAUUGUUUCUUCUCAUAUGCAGAUAUAACAACAACAACAACAACAACAACAAUUUAUUACUUAUACCCCAUCCAUCUGGCCGGGGCUUCCCAGCCACUCUGGGCGGCUCCCAACAGAAUAUUUAAAACACGGUAAAACAUCAAACAUUAAAAACUUCCCUAAACAGGGCUGUCUUCAGGUGUUUUCUAAAAGCCAGAUAGUUGUUUAUUUCCUUCACAUCUGAUGGGAGGGCAUUCCACAGGUUUAAGCAUUUAAUGAAACUAAAAUACAUACAAUUAAUAAAUGAAUGUUCAUUUAACUGAGUGGCAUUGCUGGUGAUCUCAUUUCUACUAUUGCUACUAUCUCUACCAUCAAUGUAUUGAUCUACAUUGGGGAAAGGCUGUUGCUCAGUGGGAGAGCAUCUGCUUUGCAUGGAGAAGGACCCAGGUUCAAUCCCCGACAUCUCCAGGUUGGGCAAGGAAUAUCUCCUGCCUGAAAUCCUGGAGAGCUACUGCCAGGCACUUUGGACAACACUGAGCAACAUGUUCUGCCUUGUUAUGAAUCAACUUCCUAUGGCCACUACUGAGAAGGUGAUGUUUCUCAUGUGGCCAAUCUAAUUGAGCUUACAGUCAUGCCUGUGCAAUUGCCGCAUCCGUUCUGCAUUGGGAGGAGACAUUUCUUUAGUGUGGCUUUAUCUGUACUUCGGAUCUCCUUGCCUAUUGACAACUAAGCAGGUGCCCUUGGUGAAAGUUUUUAGGCACCUGUGGCCCUCAAGGCCUUUUUUGCAGCCCUCAGCAACAUUUGACACCCUCCAGCCCUUGCACUGCCUUCCCAAAGUUGGGUAAUCAAGGAGAUGGUUUUUGGGAAGGAGGUUGUGAGGGCCCUAGCAGAGUCCUCCUGUCUCCUUCCCAAAGUCUGAUUUGCACUUUCCCAGCCUUGGGAAGGAGGAAGGAGGGCUCUAGGACCUUGCCAGAGCCUCGCUCCUCACUUAGCGGGCUUUGGGAAAGCAGUGUGGAGGCUGGGGAGGGGGGUGCCAAAUUUUGGCCUCGCUCUGCCCCACACAUGCCAAGGCUGCUUCCAAAGUACUCUUGCACCUCCCUUUGUAUGAAAAGUUGGGCUGCCCUGUUUUAGACACCUGCUGAAAACUUUUUUGUUUUGUUUUGCCAAGCAUACCUAGAAAUAUAAUGAGUUACCCUAUAUUUGUUUAAAAAGUGUUGUUGAGUUUCUAUUUCCUUUUAACGGUGGUGGUUUCGUGCAUAUUUGUUUGUAAUUGGUUUGUGGAUCUUGUUGUUGUUGUUUAGUCAUUUAGUCCGACUCUUCGUGACCCCAUGGACCAGAGCACGCCAGGCACUCCUGUCUUCCACUGCCUCCUGCAGUUUGGUCAAACUCAUGCUGGUAGCUUCGAGAACACUGUCCCACCAUCUCAUCCUCUGUCGUCUCCUUCUCCUUGUGCCCUCCAUCUUUCCCAACAUCAGGGUCUUUUCCAGGGAGUCUUCUCAUGAGGUGGCCAAAGUAUUGGAGCCUCAGCUUCACAAUCUGUCCUUCCAGUGAGCACUCAGGGCUGAUUUCCUUAAGAAUGGAGAGGUUUGAUCUUCUUGCAGUCCAUGGGACUCUCAAGAGUCUCCUCCAGCACCAUAAUUCAAAAGCAUCAAUUCUUCGGCGAUCAGCCUUCUUUAUGGUCCAGCUCUCACUUGUGGAUCUUAGCUGUGUUUUAUUUACAGCUUUAUUUUGCACACCACACAGAGAGCUCUUUGAUCAAGGGAUUCAUACAUCUUCUAAAUAGAUAGAUGUGUGAGAUCUUGGGUAAAAAAAUAACAAAUGUCUUUAAUGGCCAGGUACCCUAUUGUGGUUCCGCGGAGCAAAUGUGAAGGAGACAAAGAUGACAUCCCAGGUGUACGGACAUAUGGCAUGCGCCCAGCAUCCGAGAUGUUUGAUGUCUACUGCUAUAUUGACAGACUGAAUGGUAAGUUUUCUUCCAUAAUUCCUGUGUGGGAGGUAGGGGAGUACAGUGCAUUUGAAUGUAUUCAUGCACCAGACACAGUGCCGGAUUUACGUAUAAGCUAAACAAGCUAUAGUUUAGGGCCCCACUCUCUUGGGGGGCCCCAAAAAAAUUUAAAGGGGAAAAAAUUGGAUGUAUAUUUCCAAAAUAUAAGAUAAAAAACAAAAUUAAAGAGUGCUUGUAGACUGCCUCUAUCAGGCAGCAUAGACUAAGGGUGUGAGUCUUAUGCCUACUGAUUGAUUUCAUGUAAUACAUAAUUUAUUUAUUUUGAUCCCAUUAUAAAACUACUGUAGAAAAAUAUUCAUCUUUAUUAUUUAGUAGGCCUAUAUUAUUAUUUACUAGUACGUAUAGUUCCCUAUUACCCCCACUUGCUACUAUAAUACUGUAUAUAAAUAUUAUAAUUAUUUAACACAAAAAACAGCAACAAUUUGUUGUUGACAAAGGGCAGCUGGAGAUAUAAAGGGCCCCAUUACCUUCAGUAGCUUAGGGCCUCAUCAAACCUAAAUCCGGCCCUGGCCAGACAUGUUAAUAUUCUGGUCACCUCACCUCAAAAAGGAUAUUGUAGAGUUGGAAAAGGUUUAGAAAAGGGUAACCAAACUGAUCAAGGAGACAACGCGCCCCCUAUGAAGAAAGCCUACAGCGUCUGGGACUUUUUAGUUUAGAGAAAACGCAAGUAGGAGGUAACAUCGUAGAAGUUUAUGAAAUCACACCUGGCAUAGAGAAAGUGGUUGGAGAGAAACAUUUUCCUCCCUCUCCCAUGGCACUCAUAAACAUCCAAUGGAACUGAAUGCUGGAAGAUUCAGGGCAAGCAAAAGAAAGUACCUUUUCAUGCAGCACAUCGUUAAACUAUGGAACUCACUGCUACAGGAGACCACCAACCUAGAUGGCUUUGGAAAGAAUUAGACCAAUUCAUGGAGGAGCCGACUAUCGAUGGCUGCUAGCCAUGAUGGCUAUUUCUGCUUCUACAGUCAAGGGCUGAAUACAAGUUUCUGGAAACCGUAGGAAAGGAGAGUGGUCUUGUGCUCGCAUCCUGCUUCUGGUUUUCCACAGGCAUCUGGUUGGCUGCUGUGAGAACAGGAGGCUGGCCCAUUGGCCUGAUCUACCAGAGCUCUUAUUAUGAUCUUAUAUUCAUGGGAAACAAAUCUGAGUCAAAACGAGGGGCAUAAGAUGCCAUUGUUUCUGCUCUGCCCUGUAUAAGUCACAGGCAGCGCUCUUCCCAUUCCAUGGCAGUCCAUCUUCCAUCAAGUGGUUUAACCAUUUUUAACGAUCAGCUUGGUUUGCCAAGCUGUUAGACUAUGCCAAAAUGGCAAAACUGACCAGAAAGCUCAGGGAUCAAGAAAACAAAAACUUCAAGAAAGAAUGGGGGGGAAUUUAUAAUUUACUUAGGAGAUCAAUGUAAGCAGAUGAAAACAUUAGCAGGAUUUUAAUCUAACUUCCAGUGUGACAAAUACUAUGGACAAUAUGGAUAGAUACAAAAUAUAGACUAUGAAGUGAUAUGCAGUUGAAAAUGUUGACAACAGGACCCAUGGAGGGGAUGGGGGAAGUCUUGAGAUUCAGAGAAAUCUCUCUAUAUAGAUAUGUAUUUGGUUUUGUUAUAAAUUUAUAUUUGUACAAUCAAAUAAAAAUGAUUUUAAAAAAACAAUUUUUAACAAUCAAACCCUCUUCCUGGGGAACCCUGGGGAACCUUUCUGAGGGGAAUAGGGGUCUCCUAGAAUUAUCAGUACCUUUGCCUAUAUUUCCCAGGAUUUUGGGAGGAAGCCAUGACUGUUUAAAUUGGGAUGGCGAUGCUUUAAAUGUAUAGUGCAGGUGGGACCCGCAUUAGUAAUCUCACUGUCCCCCAUGGUGAAAUUUCAUCACUUACAUAAUUUGCGUAUUUAAUUACAUAAAUUAUUUGCAGACUGAAAGCAAAGGUGAACAGCAAUCAUAUUUGCUGGACUAAUUUAUGUUCCACACAUGGGACAAAUAAGGGAAUGUCAGCAAUUUCCACCCCCCAUUUCCAUUUCCAUAGGACCUCUCCAAUAUAUCUAGCCAAAACUCACACGCUUACUAUUUUAUCUCUAGGUGAGGUCUUCUUCGCAACACAACCAGACCAGUUCACCUUACAGGAAGCUCAAGAAUACUGUCGGAGCCAGAAUGCUACACUGGCUUCAACUGGUCAACUCUAUGCAGCCUGGAAGCUGGGUUUGGAUAACUGUCGGGCUGGCUGGCUGGCUGAUGGCAGCCUUCGAUAUCCCAUUGUUCACCCACGUCCUGCGUGUGGUGGGGAGAAGCCUGGUGUGAGGACCACCUACCUAUACCCCAAUCAGACGGGAUUCCCUGAUCCUCAGUCAAAGCACCACGCUUUUUGUUUCAGAGGUAUUGUCCGGGAGAGUGCUGUUGUGAUCAGGUCAUGCUCACAGGCUUCCCACGGGCAUCUGUGAGAACAGGAUGCUGGACCAGAUGGGCUUUGAGCUAGCAGGCUCUUCUUCUGAUGUUCUUGUGUCUCUGUGACUCAUCACAGAAAGUUUUUCAAGCACUACAAGGCCAGAAUAAUACCACAUAAUAUAUUCCAGAAGAGAAGAACAAUGUGAAUUGUUUUAAAAUGGGGAAACUGUAAGCCACUUUGAGUCCAAGCCUGGGAAAAAGGCAGGAUUUUAAUAUUGAUAGUGGCAUUGGUAUUGGUAUUGAUCUUGUUAAUAAUUUUAUUAUUUGUACCCUGCCCAUCUGACUGGGCCGCUCCAGCCACUCUGGGUGGCUUCCAGCGUAUCCAGAAGUAUAAUAAAACACCAGACAUUAAGAACUUCCUUAUACAGUGGUACCUCAGGUUACAUACGCUUCAAGUUACAUAUGCUUUAGGUUACAUACGCUUCAGGUUAUAGACUCCGCUAAUCCAGAAAUAGUGCUUCAGGUUAAGAACUUUGCUUCAAGAUGAGAACAGAAAUCAUGCCCUGGUGGUGCGGCGGCAGCUAAAGUGGUGCUUCAGGUUAAGAACAGUUUCAGAUUAAGAACAGACCUCCAGAACGAAUUAAGUACUUAACCCAAGGUACCACUGUAAAGGGUUGCCUUCAGAUGUCUUCUAAAGGUUGUAUAGUUACAUAUCUCCUUGACAUCUGAUGGGAAGGCGUUCCACAGGGAGGGUGCCACUGCCAAGAAGACCCUCUGCCCGGUUCCCUGUAACCUCGCUUCUUGCAGUGAGGGAACCACCAGAAGGCCCUCGGAACUAGAUCUCAGUGUCUGGGCUAAUGACGGAAUUGUAAAAAUAAAAAUAAACAACAACAACAAACAAUGUAAAACUUUUAGCUGAGGAAAUGAAAUAUGGGUGUCAUGAUAGACUAAUGAGAAUUACAUUGAGUUGGGCAUUAUUCAUUCAGAAUUGAGGGUAUUCCAAAAAUUCUCCCCACACUAAACAGGGUAGACAUAAGACAUCUGAGACAGACAGGACACUCAUGGAUAUUCACUGUGAUGUUUUUUGUCUUUCAGCUCAACCAUCUCAGUAUGAGGACAUAGAGGAAGAGCUCAUUGCAGCCCAGCUAGUUCCUGGGGUCGAGGAAGUCCCUUCUGGGGAGGAAACAACUGUGGAAAUGGAGUUUGCCACUGAUUCUGAAAAUCAGACCGAGUGGGGAACAGAAGUAUUUCCAACAAACAUAUCAUUGUUGUCUGGUAUGUUGGGCUCCAUGGUUAUAACUUUGCAGCCCUAUUCAGAGGUGGCUCUAACCAUGUGCUUCCUAUGUGUGAUUAACAUAAUGAUUCAUGUAGACCAAGGGUGUGGAACUUAUGGUCUCCAGAUGUUGUUGGCCUAUUAGGUAUGCUGACUGGGACUGGUGGGAGUUGGAGUCAACAACAUCUGGAAAACAAGUCCUAUGAAGAAUGGUUGAAGGAACCAGGGGCGAAGACAAAAUUGAGGAGACACGAUAGGGCUGUUCAAAUACCCAGAGGAACGUGACACAGAACAGGGCAAAGAUUUCUUCCCUGAUGCCCCAGAGAACAAAACUAGAUCCAAAGAACUUAAUUUACAGGAUGGUAGAUUUAGAGAAGGUGCCUGCCUGAUCUAUAAUAGGGGAGAUCUCCACACUUAAAGGGCCAAUUCUGACAUUGUACAGAACAGACCUGCUGACAGGAUGCCUUUUCCUGCAGAAUACAGCAAUAGGUGUGGCACGUAGGGGAUGAGACAAUUUUUUAGGUAUUCUGGGUAUCCUGAUCGCAGGCUGCAUAAGGCUUUGUACCAGCAGUACCAGCACCUAGAAGUUUGACCAGUGGCUAAAUGGCAGCCAACGCGGUUCUUUGCACAGCAGUAUGGUGAUAUUCUGCCCUAAUGAACAGCCAGGUCUCUGUCUUUUGCACUAGCUGCAGCUUCCAGGUCAGCCUAAAGGGCAACCCCAUAUAGAGCACAUUGCAGUACAGGCAACUCCCCCAUUUACGCCUGUUCAAUAUGUGCAUGACCGUGCAUACGUGAGUUGCUCCAAACUCAUAAGUGAGCUUAAAACGUCACAAAAAUGUUACAAAAAGGGACAGAAUGGGGCAGUUGCAGGCUUUCUCCAGUGGUGUUUCAAACAUAUGUGAUUUCACGGACAUGUGCAGUGCCUCAGAAUGUGACCCCCACAUAAAUGGAGGGCUGCCUGUAAUCUAAUCUGCCAAUGACCAGCACAUAGUCAACAGUGGAACACGAGGUAUCUGCAGUGAAAAGGAUCCAGUAGCAGGCAGUGGGUGAGACCUUCUGUUUGAGUUCCUGGGCUGCCAUAGCUAGUGAGAGAUGAUAAUGGACAAUUGAUACUAAAAAAAGAGUUCAAGCUGAUGUUUCUCUUUAUAUCAUGUGAGGAAAUGUCAUAGUGUCCUUGAACAAUAUUUGUUUAAUGUUCUCUCUCUCUCUCUCUCUCUUUCUUUUUCUCUCUCCCACACACUUCUUUUUUUAAGUGAUUCCAUCAGCUGUUGCUCCUAUUGAUGCCAUACCUAGUGAGACAAGUGUAGAAGCUCCAAUCACACAAACAUCUGCUUCUGGGUGGACAUCUGGAGCUCCAGAUACAAGUGGAAUGUAUGAACCUAGUGGAGAACCCUCUGGAUUUGGAGAAAGCGGGUUUCCUUCUGGAGCCACAGAGUUCAGCGGACUCCCUUCUGGUGAGAGUGGCCUACCAUCAGGAGACAUAAGUGGCCUGUCUUCCGGUGAUAUUGAAGUCAGCAUUUUACCUUCUGGAGAUGAAGAACUGACAUCAGGGAUUGGCUCAGGAAUCCAAGAGCGAGUACCUGGACUUCAAGAAGGCAAAGGGGUUCCAGAAAUCAGUGGGUUGCCUUCUGGAUUCAGUGGAGAUGGUUCUGGUGUGGACUUUUUCAGUGGCUUACCAUCUGGAGAGUAUGAUUACAGUGGUCUCCCAUCUGGAUUUCCCACCGUGUCCCUUGUCAAUGCCACAUUGGUGGAAGUUGUCACUACAGCAACGGACAAGGAAGUUGAAGGGAAAGGAACAAUUGGCGUCAGUGGAGAUGGAGACUUAUCAGGGUUGCCCUCUCCUGGAUGGGACAUGAGUGGCAUAACCAGUGGGUUACCCUCAGGAUUUGAUGUCAGUGGAAUACCUGACAUCAGUGGGUUUUCCUCAGGACUUGAUAUCAGUGGGGAGCUGCCUAGGAUACCUGAUUUCAGUGGAUUACCAUCCGGACUUGACGCUAGCGGACAACCAUCUGGCCUACCAGAUAUUAGUGGGUUGUCCUCAGGAAUUGACUUCAGUGGAGGACAUUUUGGGAUACCUGAUAUAAGUGGCUUCGUUGACUUGAGUGGCCAAGCUUCCGGUACUGAUGGAAGUGGCGAGCCUUCAGGGGUUACCUUCAUAGAUGCCAAUUUGUUUGAAGUGACAACUCCUUCAGCUAAAGAAGAAGAAGGCAAAGGAUUUGUAGAAAUGAGUGGGUUGUCUUCAGGAGAUGAAGAUCUAUCAGGCACAGUGUCUGGAAUGUUAGAUGUGAGUGGUCAGCCUUCUGGCCAAAUAGACUUCAGUGGGUGGACUUCAGGAUCUCAUGAAAUUAGUGGACUUCCAAGUGGACUAACAGACAUUAGUGGGGAAAGUUCUGGUGUUGGUCUCACCAGUGGCUUGUCAUCUGGAAUUUAUGAUUACAGUGGGCUCACGUCUGGGUUUCCCACGGUCUCCCUUGUGGAUACAACUUUGGUGGAAGUUGUAACACAGCCAUCAGUUGCCCAGGAAUUUGGAGAAGGGACAUCUGGGAUAUUAGAAAUCAGUGGAUUUCCUUCAGGAGAUAAGGAGGCAUCUGGAGAACCAUACGAUGUGACAACAGUUAGCGGCUAUCCAUCAGGAACAACUGACAUCAGUGGAACAUCAUCGGGUGUUCCUUAUUUUAGUGGAGAAAUUGCUGGUGUCACUGACCUAAGUGGAGAGUCUUCAACUGUAGCUGGUACUAGUGGUGAUGCCUCUGGAAUCCCAGAAAUCACCUUAGUAACUUCUGAUCUUAUAGAAGCUGUGACCAGCCCUGCAGUUUCACAGGAAAUGGCUGGAGGAACAGAGGCAACGCAUCCCCAUUUUUCAGAAUCAAGUGGGGAAACCUCCACGACCGGUGGAGAGACUUCUGCAUAUCAUGAAAGUACCAUAAGCCCACCUGAAUAUCAUGAUAUUAGUGGUGAAACAUCCACAUUUCAUGAAGCCGGUGUAGAAACCUCUACUAUUCAUGAAACCAGUGGUGAGAUAUCCACAUUUCAUGAACCUGGUGUAGAAUCCUCAACUGUUCAUGAAACCAGUGGUGAGAUAUCCACGUUUCAUGAACCUGGUAUAGAAUCCUCAACUGUUCAUGAAAUCAGUGGUGAGAUAUCCACAUUUCAUGAACCUGGUGUAGAAUCCUCAACUGUUCAUGAAACCAGUGGUGAGAUAUCCACAUUUCAUGAACCUGGUAUAGAAUCCUCAACUGUUCAUGAAAUCAGUGGUGAGAUAUCCACAUUUCAUGAAGCUGGUGUAGAAUCCUCAACUGUUCAUGAAACCAGUGGUGAGAUAUCCAGGUUUCAUGAAGCUGGUAUAGAAACUUCCACCAUUCAUGAAACAAGUGGUGAAGCAUCAGCAUUACCAGACAGCCACCAUGAAAUGCCAACCCUUUAUGAAACGGGUAGUGAAACAUCAGCAUUGCCUGAAAGCCAUACAGAAACAUCUGGAGUACCUUAUUUCAGCGGAUUGCCCUCUGAGGCACUUGAAGAAAGAAGCCAGAUUCAUGGGGAUAGUUCUGGGCCACCCCCUGACCCUGCCUCUGAUGUUCCGGAGAAAGCUCUGCUGCCAGAUAGUCUACCAGGAACCAGUGAACCAGAUGCUGAAUUAACUGCACACUCCAAGCAUCUAGAAGAAGGCCAGGUUGAAACAGAGGCCUAUACACACAAAAUACCAGGUUCGGAAACAGAAGGUGCAGCUUUUCCAGAGGUUCCACCAACACCUCCAACUGCCACUGAUGUUCUGCCUGAAGUUUCACCAGAGGUUACAGAUGAGACUGAAUCUACUACACAAGGUACAGUUAAAAAUAUGCAGUGGAACCCCCAAUAGCUAGCCUUGGUUAUUUGAAUCUCCAGAAUGCUCACACUCCCUGAGGUGGAAUCUACACACAUAUUUUAAAAAAUUAUGAAAAUGCAUUUUUAAAAGUGUUUUUAAAAAUACAUUGAAUUUUCCAUAAGGCUCACCAUCGCCAUCUAGUGUCACAUUGUAUAUUGCAUUUAAAACACACUUCAAAUGUUUUAUUUGCAGCCGUAUAGCUGAGCCCUGAGUCUCUCCCAGACCAACCUUUAUCAUACUGCCUUUCAUCAACAGAACAUUAUUCCUGUUCAUCUAAACCAGUGGUCAGGAAUCUAUUUCAAACUGAGGGCCACAUAGUCUUUCUGGGAAUUUCUUUUUGGGGGGAGGUGAGAGCAUGACUGAAGGCAAAUGUGGGUGAAGAAAUGAAUGACAGGCUUCACCUGUCAUUGGUUCUACUGCCACCUACUGUUAGCCUCCCUGCCUUCCACCCUACCAGUUCCAAAGGGCACCAGCCACCACAGGAAGGGAUCAUUAAUGCUUAUCUCCUUUCAUGGUUGCAGUUAUGCCCAAGACAUGUGAAGAGAAACCAUGUGGUGCUGGAACCUGCCAAGAACAAGAUGGAAGCGUCACUUGCGUGUGCCCACCUGGGUAUAUGGGUGAUCGCUGUGACAUAGGUAAGUCCUAACUUCUUCUUAAUAUGGAGGUUGAGAUGGUAAUAUGCACCCCACCAAGAAAAUGUUAUUGCAAAACUAUGUUGCUUGUUGGGCACGUUGGGCAAAUAUCCCAGGUUCUGAGCACAGAGGCAGAACCAAGAAACAGAAGAACAGAUAAGCUACCCACAAUGCACUAUUGUUACGUUUCUUUGUUCAAGCGCACAUGGAACUACAGAUCUGCUCUACUGAUCCACAAUUCAAUAAACAACGAAUGCAGCUCAAUGCAAACGGAUAAUAAUCCAAAAUUGAUGGCUGUCAAGCAUCAGCCCCGCAACAGCUGAUAUACGUAACCGCACUGGGAAGAGAGUUUCUCACCCAGUGAAGCAUUCCAACCCCAGGAAGGAGGCUUCAUUCAUAGUUCUAGCUGCAGGGCAAGUGGGGCUGGACUCACUCAGCCCAAGAUGGAAUACACAUGCCUUUGUGAACAGCAGCACUGCUUACAGUGGUGUCACUGUGCUUUAAAUGUAUGGUGUGAAUGUGGUCUCUGCCUCUGUCUCUUGUCCUGCAUACUAACAGUAGUAGGGUUACCGUAUUUCAAAAAGUGACAAUCCAGGCAGAAAAGUUGCUGAGCUUUUUUGGGCAAAGUGGUUGAGCUUUUGGGGGGUGGGGGUUGCCAUACGUCUGGAUUUUCCUGAACAUGUCAGCGAUUUCUGCCUGGACACUGUUUCCAACUGCCAUAUUCCGGCUAUGUUCAGGAAAUUCUGGACAUAUGGCAACCCUAAAUAGUAGUAGCCCUUUACACCCAAUACACGAGGGGUUAAAAAAGGAAGAAGAAAUUUUCCUUCUGAGGAAGGAAGCUCUUAUUCUGAAAUGUUUCCCAGCAGUCCAGGACUAUUCACUGAAAACCAUGUUCUUCUGGAAUGUAACUCACAAGGGAGUGUCCAUCAGAUCAGCAUCCUUACGCAUUCUGUCUCUAAAGCCAAACCAUUGGUAGUCUUGAACAUUGUCUACAAAGGAGAAAGGAAGAGGGAGGAGAUAUCUAUCUAUCUAUCGAUCUAUCUAUCUAUCUAUCUAUCUCUCUAUCUGUCUAUCUGUCUAUCUAUCAUCUAUCUAUCUAUCAUCUAUCAUCUAUCUAUCUAUCAUCUAUCAAUCUAUCUAUCUAUCUAUCUAUCUAUCUAUCUAUCUAUCUAUCUAUCUAUCUAUCUAUCUAUCUAUCAUCUCUAUCUAUCAUCUAUCUAUCUAUCAUAUCUAUCUAUCUAUCAUAUCUAUCUAUCAUCUAUCUAUCUAUCUAUCUAUCUAUCUAUCAUCUCCAUCCAUCUUGGGUCUCCAGCUGUUUUUGGACUACAACUCCCAUUACCCCUACCUAGCAGGACCAGUGGUCAAGGAUGAUGAAAUUGUAGUCCAAAAACAAUUAGAGACCCAAGUUUGGGAAACCCCGCUAUAGAGGAUCCCAUGACUGCUUAAAGUGGUAUCAUAGUCUGUGAUGGACCUACAAUUUUGGGGCCCUGAAGCUUGAACUGUUUUGGGUUGGGGGGGCUUCACAACCAGUAAUGAGGUCUGAAUAACCACUUUUAUCUUUUUCAAUGGGGCUGUUCCACAAAAGAUCACCACUGUUUAAAAAAAAAAUAAUUAACUACUACAUCUCAGAUUUUGAUUAAAAUCGCUGUACAUGUCAAAAUUAUCUCACAUGUCAAAGUCACUGGCGUGAAUAAAAAUUUCCUAUCCCUUUAGUUUUCGAAUUCCUGCAACACACCACCUGUAGAACAUCUGUGCUACUGAAGCUCAAACUUUGGGAUUGGGACACAACAAAAAAUUAAUCAAUUUGAUUUGUGUGACUCAAAUUGGAUGUACUAGCCCCUCCCCCCCAAAAAAAAUUAAGCAGCGUGGAUUAAAGUCGUUUCUGGGGCCCCUCUACGUUUAGGGGGCCUGAAGCUUAAUCUUCUUUAGUUUUAUAGUAGAUCCACCCUGAUCAUAGUGCUUUGAAUGUAUGAGGUACUUCUUCACACAGUGAAUAGUUAAAUGAUGCAAUUUGCUACCAUGAGAUGGAUCAAUGGCCUCAACUUAGCUGGCUUUGAAAGGGGAUGAGUCAAAUUCAUGGAGGAUAAGGCUAUCAAUGCUUACCACCAAGAUGCAAUACCUGUCUCCAUGUGGAACAACCCAGAUGCGGCAGUCUUCAUCUGAGGCCCUUCUCCAUCUGCCCCCGCCACAGGAGAUUCAAAGGGUGGCAACACAAAAACGGGCCUUUUCAACGGUGGCUUCCCGCUUGUAGAAACACUGUCCUCAGGGUAGCUCUCCAGGCAUCUUUUAUAUAUUUCUAAACACCUGGCAAAAUUUUGCCUUUUUACAGAGGCUUUUGGCCCUUAAUCUGAAGGGUUUUCAAGUAUUUGUGACCUCUUUCAGUGUGGCAGGAUCUGUAAGAUCUUUGUAUACAGGUGGGGUUCUUUCUUUUUUUUAUUGAUUGUGUUUGUUGGAAUCAGUUUCAGUAUUUCUGUUGUGUCUGUAAGUUGCUUUGAGUCGUUUCCAUUAUCAUGGCUAUGUGCUACAUAGGGACACGGGUGGCGCUGUGGUCUAAACCGCUGAGCCUCUGGGGCUUGCUGAUCAGAAGGUUGGCGGUUCGAAUCCCCGUGACGGAGUGAGCUCCCAUUGCUCUGUCCCAGCUUCUGCCAACCUAGCAGUUCGAAAGCAUGCCAGUGCAAGUAGAUAAAUAGGUACCACUGUGGCAGGAAGGUAAACGGUGUUUCCAUGCACUCUGGUUUCCAUCACGGUGUCCCAUUGCACCAGAAGCAGUUUAGUCAUACUGGCUACAUGAUCUGGAAAGUUGUCUGUGGACAAACACAGGCUCCCUCGGCCUGAAAGCGAGAUGAGUGCCGCAACCCCAUAGUCGCCUUUGACUGGACUUAACUGUCCAGGGGUCCUUUAUCUUUACCUUUUACUAUACCUCCAAGGUCUGGGGUGAUAUGCCUCUGAACAUUAGUUGCUGAGAAUCACAAGUGAGGAAGAGUAUUAUUGUACUUAGGUCCUGCUUGUGGGCUCCCUGUAGGCACCCAGUUGGCCACCGUGGGAAGAGGAUGUCCAACUAGAUGGAACUUUGGUCUUAUCCAGGAAAAGCUCUUCUUAUGUUCUUACAGCGCCAUCUACUGUUGCUCCUCCUUGCCUUUGCCAUCACCUGCUCUCUUGCCAGGUAAAAAGCCAGGAAGCAGGUAGGCCGAGGCUGCUGCUGCUCCUUCAUCUCACCACUAUUGCCAUUCCCUUGCUUAUAUCUUCUGGGCCAGAGGAAGAGAUAAAGCAAGCGAGCAAGAGAUAGAGGUGAAGAGGAGGAGAAGCAGGUUCAGGGAAUUCGCAGCAGUCACACCCUUCUGGGGCGUGGAGCUCAGCAAAUGCUGAACCGUGCUGACUCCCAGUGCUUACCUGUUCUCUGCUGGUAGGUCUUUUUAGAGUAAGCACUUUACAUCACUAUACCUUGGAGGGUUUUUCUGUAUAAGAGAAGAAGUGGCAAAAUAACGUUUCUCAGGAAAGUGCUAUAGAGCCACAUUCCUUGACAGCUAGGGAUGGGUGAAUCUGUCAAUUACAUUUUCUCUCGGUAUCUCAUUUUUUCCAAUCUUAAGUUCUCCACAUUUCCACAUCAGUUUGCAAUUUUAAGAAAAAAAGGUUCCCGUGAAAAUUCAUCACCACUUUGCUGCAAAUUUACCCUAAUAUACAAAUUUUGUAUGCAAAUUUUGCCUGAUGUACACAUUUCCUAAUAUUUAUAUUUCCCCAUAUGCUGUGCAUUUUUAUGUUACUUUUCACUCAUAUGCACAUUUUUGUGCACACUUUACAUGACCAUGUGCAUUUUGGUACACAUUACUUGGCUGGAGAACUGCAUGGCAAAAUUCAGAGAAGUGCAAUCUUCAAAGAUCCCUGUGUUUGAGAGCCAGUGUGGUGUAGUGGUUAAGAGCGGUAGUCUCGUAAUCUGGGGAACCGGGUUUGAGUCUCCGCUCCUCCACAUGCAGCUGCUGGGUGACCUUGGGCCAGUCACACUUCUUUGAAGUCUCUCAGCCCCACUCACCUCACAGAGUGUUUGUUGUGGGGGAGGAAGAGAAAGGAGAAUAUUAGCCGCUUUGAGACUCCUUAAAGGGAGUGAAAGGCGGGAUAUCAAAUCCAAACUCUUCUUCUUCUUCUUGUCUCAAUUCUCAUAUUGUUUUGGACAGUGCGAGUUAGAUAGAUUUGCCUUUAAAUGUGAACUGAAUCACACCCCCCAUUCCUAUGUUUUUUCUAAGAUUAUAGAAAUUUCUUGCAAACAAACCAAACUAAAUGAAGACUGGAUAUAAUCUCACCUCUGUGUAACCUUUGCACAAGCAAAUCAAUAAAUAGUUCAUCAGCUGGAGCACUUAUUCCCUAACAGCCAGUCUACGCAUACUUCAGAAUUCCAUGGUGAAGUUUUUUUAGAUGGGAGGAGAAAUGGCAUGAUUGCCUGUUCACUGUCAAAGAAAAGGAGAGAAAACCACCAUAAGUUACUUGUGCAAAAGCCAUUUUUUGUUUUCUUAGCAGAUACAAGUGAGAAAGGAGAUGUGGCUGUGGGGUGCAGAGAAAUUUUUGAUUCAAGUUUAGAUGGGUUUUCUAUAAUGUACAGGCUGUUAAUUUCCUAUGCUGUUCCUUUAUUUUCUUUAGCUCAUCCACACUUCCUUUUGUGCUGCGAUUUCCAGGAAGAGGUCCAUGCUUUAUUAUACCUUUCAUGUCUGAGCAUUUGUUUGUUUGCUUUGGUCUCAGCACUUUCCCCAGGAAAACCUGCGUUUCACCACCAAAUCGGAGAAAACGACAAUCUGCAGAAAACCUGAUUGCCGUUUCCUCCGAUUCAGCAGUAAACGUGGGGAAAACACACUGAGGCAAAAAAGCAAAAAACAAAGCUCGGGAAUGGAUCUUUAAAGCCCCAACCUGUGCCUAGAAAUGCAAUACAAAAGGAAGUCUGGAUGAGUCCAAAGUUGGAAAUAAGGAUGUGGCUGGUUAUCUUCUCUUAUCGCUUGGCUUGUGAAAUGAAUGUGUGAUGAUGACCAGUGUCUAAGGCUCUGGAUAAAAAUGAAACAACUAGAAGCAGACAAAGGCCCCCUCUAGGCUGUCAGUGUUUUGUGGGAGAAACUCAAGAGCAUACUGGGAAAUUUAGGCGUGCACAAUUAAAGUGGAUUGAAGCCUUCUGCUGGCCUGGGGCAACAGAUGCACGUUAAAAAAAGAAAAAGAAACAGACUUUUUGCAGUUGUGGAAUGAAUGGCUGACUAGUGGGAAGACGUAUAAACACACCACGAGCAAAUCAGGAUGAAUGGCAGUACAGAAGAGUGGCUCAGGAACAAGGUGCUGCUGAGAACAUGCUCAAAGACCAAGAACUUGCUUUCAGUACCAGAACUGGAGUUGCUGCAUGGAUCCAUUCACACAUACACCUACUUCUGUUUGCUCCCAAACUUUCUCGAUUUCAGCAGUCAGAUUUUGGAGAGGAGUUGAAAGGCGCUUUUUUGGGGGGGGGUCACUCUUCUUAAACCACUGGAAGUUGCCAACCCUCGCUGAGCUACUGCAAGUUACCCAUAGAUGACCCAGUAGAUCCUGAUUUGCCUCCUGCCCUCUCCUGGUUUAGACAUGCUUCCUUUCUGCUGGAUAACUCUUUCAUCAGCUCAUAGAAUCAUAAAAUUGUAGAGCUGGAAGGGACUAUGGGGGGUCACCUAGUCCAAAGCAGGAAUCUUUUGCCCAAUUCAGGGCUCAAACCCACAACCCGGAGAUUGUCUCAGGCUCUACCGAAUGAUAGCUAGGUGACCAGAGGGGUGAGAAAGCCACAAGCAGAUAUGACCAAAUGAAGCAGACAACAGAAAGUCAUGGCAAUAACUGAUUUUGCAGGGUGUGCUAAAAAGACUUGGAAAAACUGGAGCUCCUUUUCAUUGAUAAAUAACCUGUAACACCAAGACCUAUAGGGCUCACCAGCUUGGGAGGGGGCAAAGCUAAGGUUGUGGGUUUUUUCUGCUCUAGAUGAAUUAAGAUCUUGCCUCCUGCCAUUGCAUGUUGAGAAGCAUAACAAUAUCAUAGCAUUAUUAUCAUCAUAAUCAUUUACCUGUCCUUCACCUUAAGGUCCCCAGGGUUACAACAAUUAAAACAAAAUAUUAAAAACAGUUUAAAACAACUUGCAAACACGGAAACAUGGUGGGUCCUAACAAAACAAACCUUAAGUGUCAACAGGCAGGAUAAAGAGGGGCACUUUCAACAUUUGCUGUGUAAUGAAGGUGCCAGAGAAACUUCUCUUCCUGUCCUUUAGGACUGUUACAUAACCACAUCUCCCUCCUCUGAAUUUCCAGCAUUUGUUAUAUAAAAUAAAAAGUCUCUGGAAUUAUAAGGUUGUUGUUUUUUAACUUGUGGGCCUAAAGGAGAAAAAUGCCAGUGGCUCACUAAUACAAUUAAAUAACUUUUCAAACAUAUGAAGCUCCCUUUCCUGACUUCGGUCCAAGGGUUCGCUUUUCCAUUUAGGUCCUCUCAUCACAAAAAUGACCCACAAUUUUCUUUUAUCUUCUCUCCUUUAUGAGCAUGUCUAUGUCCUGGGUAGCCCAUCACAAUCUUAUAGAUCUUGAGUGCCUCCCCAUCAAAGUACUAAGCUGCCUUUCUUUCUCCCAAAUGCAAGCAGUCGUUUGCCUCUAUGGUUGAUCUGUCAUCCCUGCUAGCAAGCAAAAGGGAAGCCCUCCUAUCACAUCCUAGCCUGCCCUUCCCAUUCCCCGUUCCUCUUCUGCUUCUUUGGUGGUGACCGUUCUAAGGUGAAAGCUGGUGCCCACUUCCAAGUUUUCCCCGUUGCCUCCAAACCAUCCAUUCAUUCAUUCUUCCUGCCCUGCCCUGCAAGGCAAGCAAGGAAAGCCUUUCUCCUGCUGAUGGACCUCUUUCCAGAGCCUGAGUCCUAAUGGCAGCCCUUGAUUUCUUGCAGACAUUGAUGAGUGCCACUCCAGCCCCUGUCUGAAUGGAGCUACCUGCGUCGAUGGCAUCCACACUUUCAAAUGCUUAUGCCUUCCCAGCUACGGAGGGGACCUCUGUGACGUUGGUACGCCCUGCCUGCCUGGCUUCAGCUAA